ACGACGAUCCCAUCCAUAGAGUUCAGUUCGUUGACUACUAGCUCAAGCUCCAGCAGAGGCAAUGGCUGCCCAUCCUUACUCGCCGGCAAGCGUGGACCUCCCGGGCUAUGUGCCGCAGCGCCUCUCCCAGCUCGAGAUCGUCGGGCCCUACCUCGGCACCUCCCUCUUCGUUGUCCUCGCCGUCUGGCUCCUCUCCGGGAGAUGCAGCAGACUGUCGAAGGUCGACAGGCUGCUCAUGUGCUGGUGGGUGUUCACCGGACUGACCCACCUCGUCGUCGAGGGGUCCUUCGUCUUCACCCCUGAUUUCUUCUCCAAAGAGAACCCAAGUUACUUCGACGAAGCCAUGAAGGAGUACAGCAAGGGUGACUCCAGGUACGUUGGGAGGGACACCGCCACCGUCACCCUCGAAGCCAUCACGGUUCUGUUGGAAGGCCCUGGAUCGCUGCUUGCAGUCUAUGCUAUUGCAUCCCAGAAGUCAUAUAGCCAUAUCCUCCAGUUCACCGUGUGUCUGGGCCAGCUCUAUGGAUGCAUUGUCUACUUUGCUACCGCCUAUUUGGAUGGCUUCAACUUCUGGGCCAGUCCAUUCUACUUCUGGGCAUACUUUGUUGGAGCGAACAGUUCAUGGGUUGUGAUACCGUUGCUUAUCGCCAGAAGGAGCUGGAAGAAGAUCUGUGCUGCGAUUCAUCAAACGGAGAAGGUCAAGACUAAGUAGUGCCAGCAAUAGACUGAGUUUUGGCUGCAACCAGGACACACUGCGCAACUUUGCUUACGACAUUAAAUUUGGUGUGUUUUUUCUAUACGACUCCUUGCGUUUUAGUUUGGUAAUUUAUGAUGACAAGUUACACACCCAGAAAACUGAGACCGGAGAGCAAACAAAUCUACUCUUCCGGGGAUAAAACUAAAUAAUUUUCAUUUUUUCCAUC